CUUUUUCCAGAAAAUUAUCAUGUGGGUUCCAUUUAGCAUCUUUGAAUUACCUAGCAAGUCCCCAGAUCACAAUACAGUAACAAAAUUUUGUGGCACUGUCAAGAAUUAUGGAUGUGCAGGGAAAGAGAAGCUUUGAGCUGGUAUUAGGCUUUUUAACCGUGAUAAUCUUACUGGGUAGAGUUGAAUCACAGUGCGGUGGAGGAUGUGAUGCUUUAGCUUCAUAUUAUGCAUGGAAUGGAACAAAUCUUACAUUCAUAUCCACUGUUCUUUCUACCUCUAUCAGCCACAUUCUUAAAUACAAUCCUCAAAUAACCAAUCCGGACAUUAUUCAAUUUGGCAGCAGAGUUAGUGUUCCAUUCCCAUGUGGCUGCUUAAAAGAGGGAUUUAUGGGGCAUCAGUUUAUUUAUCGGGUCAGGUCUGCUACUUACUAUCGAAGGAUUGCUCACCUUGUUUAUGCAAAUCUUACCACGGUUGAGAUGUUACAAAGGUUUAAUAGUUAUCCUCCCGAGAAUGUUCCCGCCGCUGCACAGUUGAAUGUUACUGUCAAUUGUUCUUGCGGGAAUAGUAAAGUGUCGAAGGAUUAUGGUUUAUUCAUAGCCUAUCCUCUUCGAUCAGGGGAGACUAUUUCUUCCCUAGCCAAUGAGUUUGAUCUUCCUGAGAAAUUGUUGGAAGAUUACAAUCCUAGAGUGAAUUUCAGUGGCGGAAGUGGUUUGAUUUUUGUCCCAGGAAAAGAUCAAAAUGGAAUUUUUCCACCAUUAAAGUCAAGCUCAAGUGGAAUCUCAGGUGGAGCUAUUGCUGGAAUUACAAUUGCAGUACUUGCUGGAGCUAUUUUCUUGGCCGUCUGCUUGUAUGUAAUAUUCUAUAGACAAAGGAGAAUAUCAGAAGGAUUUCCUAAAGCAGAACCCCAUGAACUAAAUGAUGAGCAUGUGCAUGGACCUGGAGCACUGGAGAAAAUAUCGGAAUCAGGUCCCCUUGUCAGCACCACUACAAGAAUGCCCGGCAUCACUGUGGACAAAUCUGUUGAAUUCUCAUAUGAAGAACUUGCCGAGGCAACAAUGAACUUUAGCCUAGCAAACAAAAUUGGUCAAGGUGGAUUUGGUUCUGUUUUCUAUGGGGAGUUAAGAGGCGAGAAAACUGCAAUUAAGCAGAUGGAUAUGCAAGGGUCCAAAGAAUUCCUUGCUGAACUGAAGGUUUUGACCCAUGUUCAUCACUUAAACCUGGUCCGCUUAAUUGGAUAUUGUGUCAAGGGAUCCUUGUUUCUGGUUUAUGAAUACAUCGAGAAUGGCAACCUAACUCAGCAUUUGCGCGGUUUUGGUAGGGAACCAUUGCCUUGGUCUGCCAGAAUGCAGAUUGCCCUUGAUUCAGCAAGAGGACUCGAGUAUAUUCAUGAGCAUACAGUUCCUGUUUACAUUCAUCGAGACAUUAAGCCAGCUAACAUUUUGAUAGACAAAAACUUCCGAGCAAAGGUUGCUGACUUUGGACUCACAAAACUUACAAAAGUUGGAAGUACAUCUCUGCAAAACACGCGUCUAGUGGGUACUUUCGGUUACAUGCCUCCAGAGUAUGCCCAGUAUGGUGAUGUUUCCCCGAAAAUAGAUGUUUACGCAUUUGGAGUUGUUCUUUAUGAGCUUAUAUCAGCUAAAGAAGCAAUUAUCAAGACGAAUGAAGUUGUUACAGAAUCAAGGGGUCUUGUUGCUUUGUUUGAGGAUGCUUUUAACCAACCUGAUCCUCUAGAAGCCUUGACCAAACUGAUGGAUCCCGGGCUCGGCGACGAUUAUCCGCUUGAUUCAGUUCGAAAGAUGGCUCAGCUGGGCAGGGCAUGCACACACGAAAAUCCUCAGCUCAGGCCAAGCAUGAGGUCUAUUGUGGUUGCAUUAAUGACAUUGUCAUCUGCUACUGAGGAUUGGGAUAUUGGUUCCAUUUAUGAAAACCAAGGUCUGGUACAUCUAAUGUCUGGAAGGUAGCAUUAGCUAGUGUGCAAGUCUUGGUGUGGAAUGAGGUUUUCUUGCUCUGUACAGCAUGCAUCAACAAAUUUUGAUGUUGCAAAUUGUUUUUGGAGUUUUGCAAUCCCAAACUUUGAGCAUGUCCAUCAUCAUCAUCAUCAUCUGUGGGCUGUAUAUCACGUAAAAAAUAGUGAUGCCCAAGUUUUAGUGUAGUGCUACAAUUGGAAAAUCAAA